AUGCCCUCCCUUUCUAGCAAUGGUGGGCCCUCCCCUUCCACAGGUAGCAGCAGUAACAGCAAGGGAUACAACAAUAGAAGAGCUUUUAUCAUCCUUGGUGCCAUCUUCCUCUCAUCCGUCUUGAUAAUGGUUGUCAUUUAUCUACGAUUCCCAAAUAUGGAUCCCUUAGAAAAACAGUACAUCAAAGUUCCCCAAGACAUUGGUGAUGCUAAAAAUCUCGGCCGUGUUCUCUCAAGAUACAAAGACAAGUAUUUCUACCAAGUGCUUCUUGGUUACUUCAUUGUCUAUAUUUUUUUACAAUCUUUUGCCAUUCCAGGUUCUAUAUUCCUCAGCAUUUUAUCUGGGUUCCUCUUUUCAUUCCCCCUGGCCCUAUUUUUGGUCUGUUUGUGUUCAGCCAUUGGUGCCUCCUUCUGUUAUUUAAUCGCAGACUUUGUUGGUCAUAAAUGGGUGGAAAAAUAUUGGCCAACCAGAGUGGCUGAUUGGCAAGCUCAGGUGGCAUCAUAUCGGGAACACUUGUUGAAUUAUAUCAUUUUCUUGCGUAUCACACCUUUCCUUCCAAAUUGGUUCAUCAACAUUGCGGCCCCUGUCAUCAACGUUCCCCUCAAACAGUUCUUCUUAGGAACAUUCAUUGUAGACUUGUCCAAUAAUGUUCUUGUUUAUUUGGUGAAAUGUCCACUCGACUACUUUAUAUCUUAUAAAAAAUUUGAUAAAUGGCUUUCUAAUUUCCUUCUCUCUUCCUUCUCCCUCUCUCUCUUCCUUCUCCCUCUCUCUCUUCCUUCUCCCUCUCUCUCUUCCUUCUCCCUGUCUCUCUUCCUUCUCCCUGUCUCUCUUCCUUCUCCCUGUCUCUCUUCCUUCUCCCUGUCUCUCUUCCUUCUCCCUGUCUCUCUUCCUUCUCCCUGUCUCUCUUCCUUCUCCCUGUCUCUCUCUCUCUUCCUUCUCCCUGUCUCUCUCUAG